AUGACACCACUCGCCCUUGACAGUGAAUUACAACGCCUAAGAAGCGACGUCGAAAGACUCUCCCUCGAAGCUCAGCGAAAAGAACGCGAAGUGACCCUCUUGACCGGUGUCAUAUGCCGGCUAGAAACAGAAUUAUCUGGGGGUUCCAACACGAUACCCGCACCAGCAUCCAUCGGCGGCGCAACCUUGCGCGACUUACUCCAACUCUCACCGCCAGAUUUGUUAGCUCUGGAUGACGACAUUCGGUUGAUGAGGAGGACGGUGCUGGAUAGAGCCCCCACGGAUUAUGCUGAGGGCGUGCAGGAGUAUCUGACAAAGGCCAUGAGGGAGGCUAUGGUCAGGAGGGGAGUUAGGUAUGAUGAUGGCGCGGAUUGCGAUUGGGCGAAUCCAUGGUUCAAUGUCUAUCAGAAGAAGGAAUUCGAGGAUGAUGUUAGGUUAUUGGGGUUGAGGGAUAGUAGGAGGGGCGUACCGAGUAGGGUUGAAGGUGGGAGGUACGAUAUAACGGUUGCUUGUGAUACGUUGAUUGGUUUAUCGCGAUGGAGAGUUGUCUCACUGUUUCCUGCCAAAGACAAAGCCCUCCCCCUCGUCAACCGAUCUAUUUAG